AUGGGGCGAGUGGACUGGAAGAGACUCUGCCUGUCUCUGUUUGACUACAAGACCGAAAAGUAUGUGGUGGCCAAGAACAAGAAAGUGGGGCUGCUCUACAGACUGCUGCAGCUCUCCAUCCUGCUUUACCUGGUCCUAUGGGUGUUCCUGGUGAAGAAGAGCUACCAAGAUACCGACACCUCCCUGCAGAGUGCGGUUGUCACCAAAGUCAAGGGUGUGGCCUACACCAACACCUCAGAGCUUGGAGAACGGCUCUGGGAUGUUGCUGACUAUGUCAUUCCACCCCAGGGGGAGAACGUCUUCUUUGUGGUCACCAACCUGAUCGUGACUGCCAACCAGCGGCAGGGCAUCUGUGCUGAGCAUGAAGAUAUUCCUGAUGGCAUUUGUUUUCAGGACCACGACUGCCAUGCUGGGGUACCUGUUAUAGCUGGACAUGGAGUGAAGACUGGCCGCUGUCUGAGGGUCUGGAACUCGACCAGGGGCACCUGUGAGAUCUUCGCCUGGUGCCCAGUGGAGACACAGUCCAACCCAACAGAGCCACUCUUGAGGGAGGCUGAGGACUUCACCAUCUUCAUAAAGAACUUCAUUCGUUUCCCCAAGUUUAACUUCUCCAAAGCCAAUGUGCUGGAAACAGACAACAAACAUUUCCUGAAAUCCUGUCGCUUUGGGCCCAAGAAUCAGUACUGCCCCAUCUUCCACCUGGGGUCUGUGCUCCGCUGGGCAGGAAGCAGCUUCCAGGACAUGGCGCUGAAGGGUGGUGUGAUAGGAAUUCAUAUUGAAUGGGACUGCGACCUCGACAAGGCUGCCUCUGAAUGCCACCCGCACUAUUAUUUCAACCGUCUGGACAACAAAGAGACCAAGUCUGUGUCCUCAGGGUACAACUUCAGGUUUGCCAGGUAUUACCGAGAUGCCGCCGGGGUGGAGUUCCGCAACCUGAUGAAAGCAUAUGGGAUCCGCUUUGAUGUGAUAGUUCACGGCAAGGCAGGGAAGUUCAACAUCAUCCCCACAAUCAUCAAUGUGGGCUCUGGGGUGGCGCUCAUGGGUGCUGGGGCUUUCUUCUGUGACCUCGUGCUCAUCUACAUCAUCAAAAAGGGAGAGUUUUACCGAGACAAGAAAUAUGAGGAAGUAAGGGGCCGAGAGAAAAGGUCUCUGGAAUCCAAGGCCAAGACUGAGGGUGAGGAGAUGAAGCAGGGGCUGGAGGAGGAUGAGCCCCUGGAAGGGGGUCUGCCCCUUGAGCAGCCCAGCAACAGCAGCUGGAAGCGGAAUGGCAGUUUGGACCCACAGAUCCUCUGGCCUUCCAGGUCCAGCCUCCAGGAGGAUGCCAUGAUGAAUGCCAAGCAGCACCAGAUCCUGCAGACAGUGGAGACGUAGCCAAAACUUCUGGCUUUUGAGUAGACUCAAAGAUGUUGGGGCCAGUAGAGUUCACAGCUCUUCACUGAGAGGAGGCAUCCUUGUGCCUGGAUUAGACAGGGGCUUUCUGGAAAAGCCAUUUCUCCUGCAUGUUAGAGUCCCACUAUAAGCCUUUCCUGUGUGAAGGGGAGUCUUCUGGUGACCAAAGUGGCUCAAAUGCAGAGGCGGAGUCCCUGGGGCAGGCACCCAGGGAGAGGGCAGGCCAGGGGCCUGGGCCAUACUAGAGUGGUUGAAUUUUUCCUGAUUGGAGAUGCACUCAUUCAUCUAUGCAGAAAAUGUGCAUUAAAACAUGCCUGUUGCUGGGUGCAUUCUAAGAGAUGCUUAAAUGAGCUGCCAACCUGGUUCUCGGGAAGGAGAUAUACGUGUAUCUCCCUCUGGAGCCUACACCGGCAUGACAGCCAAUCUGGGUAUUUAACCCUCCUCUGGUCUCUAACUUAAGUUCUUUUUACAAAUCCCUGUAGAGAAUGAUGCUUAAUUAGAAAAAUCCCUUGGACAAGAUCCAGGAACAUUUGGUUGUACUCCCAGGGACAAAAUUUAAAAGUGAUCAGAGAGGCAACUGGGAAAAGGCCAAGCCAAUCAGGAAGCAAUUGGUGCUUUAGGGAAGAGAUCAGCUGCAGAGGCUUCUUGAGGAAGGGGAGGCAGGGAGGCUUUUGCUCCAUACUGCCACCCAUCCCCAGAACCAGGAAGCUCUGGGAGUACUGACUGGCUGAGGUGAGAGAUGCCUUUGUGUGUGUAGCUGGCUCUGGUUGUUGUGUGGGGCUGCUUGUCUCUGACUAGCUGCCCCCAUCCAGCUCUUAGAAACCUGGGCUGAGGUUCAGGCCUAAAGUUGAUAGACUCCUGCCCCACCUUCCCCCUGCUACCCCACCCCACUCUACUCCACAGAUUUUUAAGGGUACAGAGUCCUGCAACUCAAAAUGGGGUCUAUGGACCAGCAGUGUCAGUCUUUCCAGGAAGCCAGUUAGCAAUGCAGUCUCAGGUCUUUCGCCUGUCCUACCAAAACAGACCUGCUUCUUCCCAAGAACCUGAGGUGAUUUGUGAGCACGUGAUUUGGGAAGUUGUGGUUGAGGAUGGGAGGGGGCCAACUUGAUCAGAAGGCAUGUUCUAGGUUAGACUUAGACAUGCUGUCUUGAGAGCAGCAUUUCCUCAUUCCCAUCACAAAAGCAGUA